CGCCAAGGCUAGGCUGGCUAAGUUCAGAGAGAAAAUCUACAGCAAUCCUGAGCUACUUGAGGAGUACAGACGGAAAGAGAGAGAGAGGUUCGGGGUGACAGGGAGAUAAUAGGGACACACACACACACACACACACACACACACACAGGUUGAGACAGACUGUGAAAGACAGGCGAGUACAUGAGGCUGAGGCAGAUGUGCAUGCGCUCACACAUGGACACACAAUGAAGUCCAAAUAUAAAUAACAAUGGUUGUGCACAUAACUUUCAUUUGUGUAAUGACUGUUCUGUAACACAAAUCUUGGGUUCUUCUUUCAGGUAUCACAAACGUAAGGAGAGUGGUAAAGUGAAGACUGUCAAGGACCUUACGAAAAGAGAGCAUGAGAAAAAAAAACUCAAGUGGAGACAAUAUUCAGCGAAAAGCUACAAGAACAAAAAAACAAACCCAAUGUGUUCUCAAUCUCACUCCAGAUUCUUCUGUGAGUGAAUUAAGUGAUUCUUCAGCAAUAGCUGAAGUAAAUAAGCCAACACCUGAGGAUCACGUAUCAAUACAAGACGAUGUACCAACACCACCACUGCUGUCAUCAACCCCAAAGAGAAGCACAAUCAGAAAGAAAUCAAAAGUUGUCAACAGAUUGAGGACCAAACUGAGACAAGCAGAAGAGGAAUUGAAAAAAAAGAAAGAAAAGAAAUGCAGAAUCUCAACAAGAAAUUUAGGAGACUUCAAGCUCGAAGGGUGACUGUGACCAAGCAGAUUGCCACGACAGCAAAAAACAAAAAAGUCAGGCAGCAGAAAGGUGGCAUUUCGCUCAACAGCAAGAGGAAAGGCCUGUUGAAAAUGGUACAUUCUUUCCUCCAUAGGGAUGAUGUAUCCACUGUGGUCAACGGAAAAUCUGGGGAGAUGCGGCGGAGAGGAGUGAUCCAUAGGAAAAGGCACUUGUGUGACACAAUGGCUAACCUGCACAAGAAGUUUUGUGGUGAAAACCUGCAUCAAAAUGUGUCUAAGGCGCAUUUCUUUAAGCUUAGACCGUUUUGGAUUGUCAGGCCAAAAGUUGCUGACAGGGAUACAUGUGCAUGCAAGCUGCAUGAAAAUUUCCAUUUCAAAAUAAAAAAGUUACACCAGCUUGGAGUUUUGGAAUCAUCUUGCGCAGGUGAUGUCGUACAGUCAGUUGUGUGCAACACCAACAACAUUGACUGUAUGUACAAUCGUUGUGAGGCCUGCAAAGACAGAGUGAUUCCAACAGCACUUGAUGUGGAGAACAAGGGCAACAUAAUCACCUGGCAGGAGUGGGUGACAAGGUCUAUCACAGUGGAGAGGACUGGGAAAGCUGCAACCAGGGAGAAAGAAGUGAAGAACACCGCACUUGAAACCCGAAGUACUUCCAUUGAGAGGUUGGUAGCUCUUACCACGGAACAUCUCCCCAACUUUGCCGCACAUAUCUUCAAUAUCAGGCACCAGUUUUCCGCUCUCAAGACGAUGAAGGAUAGCAUCCAUGAUGAUGAUGUGAUGGUCCAUAUCGAUUACAGCGAAAAUUGGAGCUGCAAGUAUACGCGGGAAGUGAAGGAUACCCAUUUCGGAGGUGGGAACCAGCAGGUAACCCUCCACACUGGUGUGUUCUACAACAGUAAAGGCAGGGUGGAAGCCUUUGCAUCAGUGUCUGCCAGCCUCCAGCACAAUGCAACAGCAACAUGGGCCCACCUGGAACCUGUUUUGAGAUACAUCCGCCAACAACACCCCAAUGUAUGCAACAUACAUUUUGUUUCUGAUGGCCCAACAUCCCAAUACAGAAACAGAAAUUCGUUCUACUUGGCCUCCACUGUACCAUUCCUUCAUGGAUUUAAAUACGUGACAUGGAACUUCGCAGAGGCGUCUCAUGGAAAAGGAGCCCCAGAUGGCGUGGGGGCAGCCUUAAAAAACCUGGCAGACCGAAUAGUGGCAUACGGCCAAAGCAUCCCAGAUGCAGAUACUCUGUUUCAGCAGCUGACCCUGAACUCCUCGGUAACUCUAUUCCAGGUGUCAGAGGACAAAAUUAAAGAGAGGGGUGAAUUGCUUCCUCCACACCUUAAACCAGUCCCAGGGACAAUGAAAAUCCACCAAGUAGGUCAAAAUUAAUAUAUUUAAGUGCUCACAUAACAAGUCACACUAGCCACAUACUGUAAGUUAGUACAUUCAAGAUAUCAUUAUGUUGCCAUCCUAAUCACAUUUCCAUAAAUUAGUAAAUCAGUAGAUAAAUUACUAAAACUGUUUUUGUUAAUCUAUACAACAGCUGAUGUCCACCACUCCUGGGGUAGUUCACACGAGGGAAAUGUCAUGUUUCUGUCAGAAAAAUUGUGAGUGCUUCUCUCCAUCACGCCAUGCAUUUGCGGAGGAAGACGACGUUUCCACAAAGCCACCAGAGGCUUCCAUAGAGGUUGGCCAGUGGGUCCUUGUGGAAUACGAUGCAGAUCUGUUCCCGGGUGUAGUUACACAGAUUGCAGAUGACCAGUAUGAGG